CAGCUACAACACCAGAAACGACAGCUACAACACCAGAAACGACUGCUACAACACCAGAAACGACUGCUACAAUACCAGAAACGACAACACCAGAAACGACAACACCAGAAUAAACGACAGCUACAACAGCAGAAACGACUGCUACAACACCAGAAACGACUGCUACAACAGCAGAAACGACAACACCAGAAUCGACUGCUACGACACCAGAAACGACUGCUACAACACCAGAAACGACUGCUACAACAGCAGAAACGACAGCUACAACAGCAGAAACGACUGCUACAACACCAGAAACGACUGCUACAACAGCAGAAACGACAACACCAGAAACGACUGCUACAACACCAGAAACGACAGCUACAACAGCAGAAACGACUGCUACAACACCAGAAACGACAGCUACAACAGCAGAAACGACUGCUACAACACCAGAAACGACAGCUACAACAGCAGAAACGACUGCUACAACACCAGAAACGACAGCUACAACAGCAGAAACGACUGCUACAACACCAGAAACAACAGCUACAACACCAGAAACGACAGCUACAACAGCAGAAACGACAACACCAGAAACGACUGCUACAACACCAGAAACGACAACACCAGAAUCGACUGCUACGACACCAGAAACGACUGCUACAACACCAGAAACGACUUGAUUGUGAUGACGAUGAUAAUGAUUUUGACGAUGACGAUGAAGAUGAUGAUCCAUAUACAAUUUGUAACUGUAGCAAACAGCAAUAA